GAUGCAGAAUUUUGGAAUGCAGUUGGACAACUAAUCAAGACUGCCAAACCCCUUGUUGAUGCUAUUGGGGACUGCAAGUCAUGUGACACAUCACUUGCAGACUGCAUGCUUACCCUUAUAUGCUGUGCAAGGACAGUGUCCAAGCUUAGCCUUGAGGAUGGGGAUGACACUUCCUUCUGGGCCCAUGCAUGGACUGUGUUCAAUCACCAUUUCCAUGCAAUGAGCACAACCAUCCACUCGCUUGCAAUAUUCCUUCAUCCAAUGUGCUGGAAGCUUGCAAUCUCCCAGGUUGCAAAUGGAUGUUCCUUCCAAUUUAUGGUUGAGGCUGCACUCAAGAUUGCAAAGCAAUGGAGGUGGAAUGAGGCUCUUGUAAUCUCUGUUGUCCACAAUCUCAAAGAGUACUAUAAAUGCUCUGGUGUCUUUGCUGGUGGAGAAGCAGAUGCUCUCAUGUGGUGGAAAUCACUUCCUAUCUGUGCAGAAAAAUGUCCAUUAAAGCUCAUGGCCAUCACAAUCCAUUCAAUGGUCCCUCACACAGCUGAUGUUGAGCAUUAUUUUUCAGACCUUGGUGGUGUUCAGUCU